AGUUAGUGUUGCAGAUACGGAGUGCAUGGGUAUAUAAGCAUCAGUGAGCCGUUACAUCGUUGUACAGAGGCAACAUGGACAAGCUAUUCAUCUGUGCUGGUCUGGCUCUUCUACUGCAUGUGCAGCUAGGAUCAUCUUAUAUCCUCUCCUGUUAUUUCACAAACUGGGCACAAUACCGUCCCGGACAAGGCAAGUUUCUUCCCACCAACAUCGACCCAUGUCUCUGUAACCACCUCAUCUAUGCCUUUGCGGGAAUGGAAAACAACAUGAUCACAACCUAUGAGUGGAAUGAUGUGCAACUCUACGCACAGUUCCAGGCUUUAAAAAGCAAGAACAGAAACCUGAAAACUUUGCUGGCUAUUGGAGGAUGGAACUUUGGCACUCAGAAGUUUACAACCAUGGUGUCCACUCCUGCUAACCACAUCAAAAGUAUGAUCAGCUUUCUGCGUAAGUACCAGUUUGAUGGACUGGAUAUGGACUGGGAGUACCCCGGCUCUCGUGGAUCCCCACCUGAGGAUAAACAGCGCUUUACCAUCCUGCUUCAGGAGAUGAUGAAUGCCUUUGAAGCAGAGGGCAAGAACACCAACCUCCCACGUCUGCUGCUGACUGCUGCUGUUGCUGCUGGGAAGGGAACCAUCGAUUCUGGAUACCAGAUUCCCCAAAUUGGAGCUGUGCUGGACUACAUCCAUGUGAUGACCUAUGAUUUCCAUGGCUCUUGGGAGCACACUGUGGGACAGAACAGCCCUCUGUACAAAGGUCCUGCUGACUAUGGAGACAUGGUCUACUUCAAUGUGGACUAUGCUAUGAAGUACUGGAAGAAUAACGGUGCCCCAUCUAAGAAGCUCCUGGUUGGUUUCGCAACCUAUGGCCACAGCUUCAUCCUUUCUUCCCCAUCCAACACUGCUGUUGGAGCACCGGCCAGUGGACCUGGACCUGCUGGACUUUACACCAGGCAGGCUGGCUUCUUGGCCUACUAUGAGGUAUAUGCUUUUCCUGAAUUUCAAUUCAGCUCAUUUUAGUUUAUGUAUACAU